AUGCCUUUACGGACAGUAGUCAGCCGGUCUCGCGCCGGCUGUCUGACAUGCAAGAUACGAAGAGUGAAAUGCGAUGAAGAGAAGCCCAGCUGCCGACGAUGUCGAUCCACUGGCCGCAAGUGUGACGGAUACGCGAGCCCCUCGUCGACCACUCCUCGCCAAUCGACCGAUCUACGCAUCGUUCAGUAUACUUCCCAGGUAUCCGAGCCAAUAAGGAUGAGGAUGUUUGCUUCGUUUCACCAGCCGCUGGCGGAUCAUGACUACCGUGCGCUGGAGUUUUUCCACUUCCAGACCGUCUCCUGCUUCGGAGCCAAGGCGGGGGACUUUCUUCUUCGUGCAGCCUAUCAUGAUGCGACGGUGCGAGUGGCUGCCAUUGCGCUAGGGUCUCUGCAUCGCAUCUUCGUGGGUGACGGGGAUGGUUCGGCUGUGGCGCAGCCGCGAUUGACUCAGUAUGCCUUGCAGCAGUACAACGCUGCCAUCCAUCUGGCUCUGAACCAGAUCCCCGUCACCGAGAGACAAAGCAGUGACAGCAUACUCAUCCUGUGUGUGCUGUUUUUCUGCUUUGAGAGUGUACAGGGCCACUUCCGAAACGCCGUCCAGCACGGAAUAGCCGGCCUACGGAUCCUCAAGCAACGGGAAGAGCGCUUCGUGAACGAGGGAAACGUCGCCGGUCUUCCCCCGAGCGUUGUUCGCUUGUUGUUUGUCACAAUAGAGAAUCAAAUGCUCGAGGUCGACUGGAAAUCGUACCUGCCCGUCUCCAUCCAGUCAACCCUUCUGUCUCCAUCCCAACGGCCUCCAGUCAAUCUGGAAGACACUCCGUCCACGCUCGACCAGCUCAGCGAUUCCUUUCAGUUUUGUUACAACCAGUACCUCAAGUUUCUAUACCUGUCCCAGGCGCCCGAGGGCGCGGAGCUGUCCAGAACGCUUCAGCAGAACCAGGCAUACUACGGCCAGAUGCUAAGGCACAUGCAGACCUGGUCCGAACAAUUCGACUCGUUCCUCGAAGCGCAUGUGCAAAACGCCCAGAGUGCAACCGACUGCACGACAAUCAAACAUCUGAAGAUGUGGCGGAAGAUCAUGGGCAUCUUCCUGCAGAUGGAUGCGCCGCCCGCGCAGGGUGGUCUUGAUCAGUUCUGCUCUGAAUUCGCGGCGAUCCUCGGUCUGGCCGAGGAUCUGAUGAAUUCUCCCUCGUGUAAACCCCCUGCUGUAUCAAAUUCAAACAGGCCUUCUGUCAAACACGGUAAGCCACAACGUCCAAUGGCCCAACCAGGUCGACAACCGCAACAGAAUACCCUCCCUACCAUCCUCCCCAAGCCCGAAUCAUCUCCGCCACCUUCCUCCUCAUUCUUCGUCGUCUCUCUGGGACUGAUCCCUCUUCUCUGGAUUGUCGCGACCUCCUGCCGGCAUUCGCAGAUCCGCCACCGAGCCAUCGACCUGAUGAGCCGCAGUCGCCGGCGGGAAGGGGUGUGGGACUCGGUGCUUUUCUCCACGCUUGCGAGGAAAAUGGUCCGGAUGGAGGAAGAGGCCGCGGGAUUCGCCCAGGGAGCCACAUACGAACCGGCGGAUCUGCCUGUUUCUGCCCGGACCAAUACGGUUGCCGGCGAGUUUGGCGAGGGACGACAGGGGAAGAUCGAGUUUCUCCGGGAGGGCGUCAAGCUGCGCGAGGAGACCAUCCAGUGGUGA